AUGCCGUCCCCCGUGGGGAAAAAACGCGCGCGAUCCUCGUCCGGCGACGACCCGGGUCCGCCGCAGCCGAAGAAGUCCUCCGCGCGCCCAAUCUACUACAGAAGGCGCGCGUCCGCGUCGCCGAAUCUUUUCUCAUUCGUCGUCUCCGCUUUUCUGCACACCUCGGAGUGGCCCAGGAACGACUUCAAGCUCCAGCACGUCUUCGGCGGGUCCAUCGCCCGAGGCUCGAAGUGGUACGCGAAGCUCAAGAACGAAGACGCGGUGCUGGAUUUCAUUCACGCCAUCCUUCGCCUCGCGUCGCCGCACCGCGUCCCGCGAGCGCCUCCGCGCAGUUUACUCAAGCGCAUGUUCGUGAACGGAAAGACGCAAGGGUACACCGUGGACGUCGACGUCCUCCACGCGCUCGGGAGCUCCGUGGAGGAGCUGCGGUCGCUGCUGGAGAAGACCCCGGGGGGCCCGCACGAUCACCGCGCCAAAGGCGGGGCCACGCAGCCGCUGUUCGUGCCGUGCCCGAACGACGACGAGUACGCGAUGGGGAGCGACACGGAGACGCCGCCGAACACGCCGCCGCAGAAUUAUAGCCCGCAGCGCGAGCAGCGGACGCGCUCGUCGUCGCCGGACGACAGCGGCGGCGAGGACGGAUCCGGGACGUCGAAACGAGCGAAACGCGGUCGAGGGCGACCUCCCGCGGUCGCCGCGACGAUCGCCGCGCCGACGACGCCGAUGACGCAACCGAUGCAACCGAUGCAACCGAUGCAGAUGAUGCCGAUGCAGAUGCAGCCGGGCCCGCCCGUGUACGUGCACUACGGGCAGCCGCCGCCGAUGAACGGCGCGCCGGUGAUGUAUCCGGCGAUGCAGACGGUGCCGAUGCAGCAGUUUUAUUACAACUACGAUACCGCCGGCAUCGCGUACUGCAACGGAACCGCGUCCGCGCCGACGAACAAGGUCGAGGAGGAUUGGGUCGACACCGCGAUCGUGUCGCCGUCGACGUCGAACCGCAAUCUGCAGGAGUUCAUUCACGGCGAGCUCGGGCUCGCGAUGUGA